AGGAAGGAAGGAGGUACGGAGGAAGGAGCAGGGUGAUUGGUGGGCUGCCGCUCGCUGCUGUGGUAACGGAGUUCGGUUGGGGAGCUUGCUCUGAGCAGCGCGGCGUUGGGUGCUUCCUCUGCCAAGAUGGCGUCGGUGGGGGGCGGUGGAGUGAACCCCUUCCUCAGCGACUCCGAGGAGUCAGACCCGGAGGAGACCAGGCCUGGGGGCAGCAGCAGCAGCGACCCCGGGGGCUUGGCCGCUCCUCUGCCGGUCCCUUCCUGCACGUCGUCUUCGCCGCCCCUUCAGCAGCCGCCGCCGCCGCCCCCGCCGCCGCCUCCCCCGCCCCUGCAGGCCGAGGAGCCGCCCCGGGUGCCCGUGGACGCUUUGGCAGCUCAGCUGCUGCGGGACCAGUUCGUGCUGACGGCGCUGGAGCUGCACACAGAACUGCUGGAAAGCGGCCGGGAGCUGCCCCGCCUGCGCGACUAUUUCUCCAACCCGGGCAACUUCGAACGACAGAGUGGAGCCGGCGCUGGUACCCCGGCGCCGACCCCGCCCGCUUCGGCAGCUCCUGGGAUGCUCGUGGUAGCUGGAACGGGGAAGGAGCCUGGCACCGGACAGCUCCAUCGAGCUGGAAGUAUUAGCACUCUUGAUUCCUUGGACUUUGCAAGAUAUUCAGAUGACGGAAACAGGGAAACAGAUGAGCGGGUGGCUGUCCUGGAGUUUGAACUACGGAAAGCAAAAGAGACCAUUCAGGCCCUCCGAGCCAACCUGACUCAGGCUGCAGAAAAUGAAGUUCCUUUGCAGGAACGGAGAAAUUACAAAUCAAGUCCUGAAAUUCAGGAGCCAAUUAAACCUCUUGAAAAAAGAGCUCUAAACUUCUUAGUCAAUGAAUUUUUAUUAAAGAAUGGUUACAAGCUUACUUCAAUAACUUUUUCAGAUGAAAAUGAUGAUCAGGAUUUUGAGCUGUGGGACGACGUAGGACUGAACAUUCCAAAGCCUCCAGACUUGUUACAGCUGUACCGUGACUUUGGGAACCACCAAGUAACUGCAAAAAAUGUUGUGGAUGUAGCAAUUGGGACAGAAGAUGAUGAACUGGAGGCAACCACUCCCAUCCUGGAGAACAUUCCUGUAUUUGGAACACCAGAAUCAAUAGAGCAAUGUGUAAUGGUGCAGAAAUUGGAAGAUCAAAUUAAUGCAUUAAGCACUGAAAAGUGGUCUCUACUGGAACAAAUAAGACGACUUGAAAGUGAGAUAGACUAUUUAAGAAAUGAAAAUGCUCCUAUUCCAGUGAUUUGCGACGCAGUCCAGUCAUCUUUAACACAAGUGCCACUCACUGUCCCAGAUGAUAAUGGGAGAUACUUAGAUAUGAAGAGUUCAGCUAAUGAUGGCACACAUGCUGAAACUGAAGACAAAAGGAUUUUUACGGAACCUCCGUCAAGGACUUCUAAAGAGGAUACUGUAAUUUCUAUCUCUUGUAAAGAAAGAGAGACGCUUUCACCUUGUUCCCCAUCAAAUAAAGCAGCCAUACACUUUGACAAACCUAAUAGGAAGCUAUCGCCUGCAUUCCAUCAAGCAUUGCUGUCUUUCUGUCAAAUGUCAGCAGAGAGCCGUUUGGGAUCAGAGGUAUCUCGGAUUGCUGAUAGUGAAAAGAGUGUCAUGCUAAUGCUCGGACGUUGUUUGCCGCAUAUCGUUCCUAACGUCCUGCUUGCAAAGAGAGAGGAAUUGAUACCUCUCAUACUAUGUACAGCUUGCCUCCAUCCUGAACCCAAAGAAAGAGAUCAACUUUUACAUAUACUGUUCAACUUGAUCAAAAGGCCAGAUGAUGAGCAAAGGCAAAUGAUUUUGACUGGAUGUGUAGCAUUUGCUCGGCAUGUUGGACCAACACGUGUAGAAGCAGAACUCUUGCCACAGUGUUGGGAGCAGAUCAAUCACAAAUAUCCAGAGAGGCGACUACUAGUGGCAGAGUCAUGUGGAGCAUUAGCACCUUACCUUCCUAAAGAAAUCCGUAGUUCGUUAGUACUUUCCAUGCUACAGCAGAUGCUGAUGGAAGAUAAAGCAGAUUUGGUACGAGAAGCUGUGAUUAGAAGUCUUGGUAUCAUCAUGGGAUACAUCGAUGAUCCAGACAAAUAUCAACAGGGUUUUGAACUACUACUUUCAGCUUUGGGUGAUCCCUCAGAACGAGUAGUUGGGGCAACUCAUCAAGUGUUUUUACCUGCCUAUGCUGCCUGGACUACAGAAUUGGGAAAUUUGCAGUCACAUCUUAUACCUACCUUGCUUAGUAAAAUUGAAAAACUACUCAGGGUAAAUAUUAAGGAAGGUGAGCAUGGGCUGGAUGAACAUAAGCUCCAUAUGUACCUUUCUGCUUUGCAGUCCUUGAUUCCUUCACUUUUUGCACUUGUGCUGCAGAAUGCACCUUUCACAAACAAAGCUAAACUUCAUGGAGAACUUCCACAAAUAGAAGUGACAAGGUUUCCAAGACCUGUAUCACCUCUUCAAGAUGUGGCCACUAUAAUUGGAAGCCGUGAACAACUGGCCGUACUAUUGCAGCUUUAUGAUUACCAGCUGGAACAUGAGGGUACCACAGGCUGGGAUACAUUGCUGUGGGUUGUCAAUCAACUGUUGCCACAGCUGAUAGAAAUAGUUGGCAAAAUUAAUGUAGCUUCAACAGCCUGUGUACAUGAAUUCUCAAGAUUUUUCUGGCGCCUUUGCAGAACUUUUGGAAAAAUCUUCACAAAUACAAAGGUAAAACCACAGUUCCAGGAAAUCUUAAGGCUCUCUGAGGAGAACAUUGAUGCUGCAGCAGGGAAUGGUGUGCUAACAAAAGCUACAGUUCCUAUCUAUGCAACUGGUGUACUUACAUGCUAUAUCCAGGAAGAAGACCGCAAGCUGUUAGUUGGAUUUUUAGAAGAUGUAAUGACAAUGCUUUCAUUAUCCCAUGCUCCCCUUGAUAGCCUGAAAGCAUCUUUUGUGGAACUGGGUGCAAACCCUGCAUACCACGAGUUGCUGCUAACUGUUUUGUGGUAUGGAGUUGUCCAUACUUCGGCACUUGUUCGAUGUACAGCUGCUAGAAUGUUUGAGCUGUUGGUGAAGGGGGUACAUGAAACUCUGGUAGCUCAGAGAGUUGUUCCUGCUCUCAUUACUCUCUCCAGUGACCCUGAAAUCUCUGUAAGAAUAGCCACAAUUCCUGCUUUUGGUACGAUCAUGGAAACAGUCACUCAGCGAGAGCUUUUGGAAAGAGUUAAAAUGCAGUUGGCCUCUUUUCUGGAAGAUCCCCAAUAUCAGGAUCAACACUCCUUACACACAGAAAUCAUAAAAACAUUUGGAAGAGUUGGACCAAAUGCUGAGCCAAGAUUUAGAGAUGAAUUUGUUAUUCCACAUUUGCAUAAGCUCGCCUUGGUUAAUAACCAGCAGACUGCAGAUGGAAAAAGACUGGACAUCGCUACUCAUCUCUUUGAAGCCUACAGUGCACUCUCCUGUUGUUUUAUUUCUGAAGAUUUAAUGGUCAAUCACUUUUUACCUGGACUCAGGUGUUUACGAAAUGACAUGGAAACUUUGUCACCAGAACAUGAGGUUAUUUUAAGCUCCAUGAUAAAGGAGUGUGAACAGAAAGUGGAAAACAGAAGUGUCCAAGAGCCACAAGGCUCUAUGUCAAUUGCAGCAAGCCUUGUGAGUGAAGACACAAAGACCAAGUUUUUGAAUAAAAUGGGCCAGCUAACUACAUCAGGUGCCAUGCUGGCUAACGUAUUCCAGAGGAAGAAGUAAAUCGGAAAAAGAAGUCAUCAUAAACACUGAGAGACCUCAUUAAGACUCGUUCCUUGUACUUGAAGUACUUGCCUUUUUAUUUCCCCAUCUUACGUUCUUAUAGUAUAAUUUUACUCUAACCUACAAAGAUAUUUGCACUGCUCUUGAAUAUCGCUACAUAUAUGUUGAUUUGGGAUUAAGUCUGGUUGAUUAUAAAACUAAAUUAAGUCUGUAUCAAGUCCCUGUCCUGUGUUCUUGUCUUUCCAGCAUAUUUUUUAUAUAUAUAGUGAAGAUUUUUUUUUAUGUCCUGACGGGUUCUCUGCUGAAAUCUGUAUUAUACAUGAAGCUGUUAUGAUGGUACUUAAAAUAAUGUAAAUUUAAAGUCACAGUCUUGAAGUAAUAAAAGUGGAGAUUACUUAUGUAUUUAAGUUAUAAGAGGGUAAUGCAGAAUUUUUUAAUGUUUCUAAAAUGAAAGACAAGAGCCACCAGCACUCAUCUGAUUCCUGAAUUUUGUUGUUGUUAAAAGAUUUUUUUCCUUGUAAGUUAUUGUAGAUUUGAAUUACAGGGGUGAUGGAGAAUCUAAUGUAUAACAGAAUGGCUUGCACUACAAGUCUCAUAGGAGACCAGAUUAUUAAUGGAUAAAACAGAAGUUUUAGAUACAUCUCGUGUGUAUGAAGCAGGGCAGAAUUAGCCUCCCUACAGCACAUCCUAAUGAGGGUCAGGGGGUGCUAUUACAAUGCAAUCUUAAUCAUGUUUACUUGGAAGAAACCCACACUGAGUUCACUGGGACUUCCUUCCAAAUUGCUAUAUUUAGAAUUGCAGUAUUAAGAUAAACUGAAGUGGGGUAUUGCUAUGGGAAACACAUGGAUCCAUGUAGGUGGUUCACACUGUGAUGUCUGCUCAUGUACCAGCCCAUAGGGGUGCACCACGUGUCUGCAUGUCAGAGCAACAUCUGCCUUGGUUGUAGGUCCCAGGUGUAUGGACAUAACACAUACUGGCACAGAUAAGCAUCUUUAAGAGGAUGCUGGCAGUGCAGAGGCGCAGCAGUGGUAAGUGAUUUGCCCCUGUCCAGGAUCUCAUUUAAACUGGGUUAUAAGCAUUGCAGAGCAAAAAUCAAAGAGUUUAUUGUACUUGGCCCUCACUGUAUAGCAAUAAUUUAUUUAGUCCUCAACACCAGUUUAACUUGUGAAACAAUAAAUGCAGCAUAACCUAAAAGAUCUCUUAAUUGGAAUGCUGAAAACUCACAAAAACUAUCAACAAAUUAACACUGAUUUCUAUUGCAAUCUUAUCUUUUGUAGUCUUGCAGUUCUCAUAACCUUGCAACAUUCUUGUGAGAUAAGGAAGGCUAAAACCCAGUUUUGUCCAUGGCCAGCAGGAGUUAAAGGCUUUGUGGAGCCAUGCUACACAACUGCUACAGUUUUUAUCAAUCUAAUGAGUUCCAAGUCUUCACAACCUUUCUGAAUGCAUGGCAGGAGGGGGCGGGGGGCGGGUUAAAAACCUAAUUGCACACUUCUUUACGGAAGUGCAAGGAAGAGAUUAACGGAAAUAAAGAUUCCAUUGAGUUAUCACAGUAUUACUUUAGCUGUGGGGUAGGGAGAUUAGAAAUGGCAGAUAGAACUGGGGCAUGGGAUCCUAUUGUGGCUUAAAGGAAAUAGGUCAGGUAUGAACAAAUCCAACCCCACUACUAUUUCAGUGUAAGUAGCCAGCUAUCAGUCACUGUAGGCAGGAGUGGCUGAACAAUCACAUAGCCCAAGCCCCCAUCUCCAGGCUUCCCAACUUGGUGCUUCCAGAUGUUCUAGGCUACAACACUCGGGCUUCUUGACCAUUGGCAAUGAGGACUGGGAAUGACAGGAGUUGAAAUCCAACACAUGGAGGACACCAAUUUGAGAAGACUCCCCUAUUUUAUCGUCUAGAAUUCUCCACUGAGAGGGUGGAAAUUCUCAGUGGAAAAUGGAUGAAACAAAUAAUCUGCCAUGAUCUCUACAGGAUCUAUGUACUGCCCUGGCGAAGAAAGCAAAUGGGUCACCAGCUUUAGGCAUCCUUAAGCUACUAGUGCAUUGGACUCUGUUGGAGCAUUCAUGUGUUGUUACACUCGGGUGCUUGCCAUAUCUUCAGCGUAAGAAAGGGCCUCUAUUGCAAAGGCUACAUCUUACCUUUUCAGACUGCAUAUGUUCAUAUUUUGAUGAAGGUGUGAAAAGGUCAUCUUCCCCAGCUCAGCUCUUGCUAGUUAUGCUAAUUGUAUUGCAAGUGUUGUCUUAGCAGACCAUCUGAUUAUGAAAUGCUGGAGGCAUUCCAGAGGAAUUGGAACUGGCUAAGUCUCUUGUCCUUUCUUGAGUUAAAUAAAAUGUUUUGCAUA